AUGCCACGUCAAACCAAUGCCGUGUCCUGUUCGAUACCCAGACAUCACAACGAAAUGAAGGCCAUUCGAGUUGGAAGCCAGUUGCCCAUGUUCAUCGGCUACAAGGUCAUCUGUAAGCUUUUGUUUUGCAUGCUGCGUUAUGCAACUUCGUCCACGGUAGAAACACCAUUUGCAACAAGUUCACAGUUGUACUCCCAUCAAGUGCCUCCCUCCACCUUUCAGGAACUGUCGAUCAAAGAAGCGAUGGAGCUUCUACCGCCUGAUGCAUUGAAUGCCGUUGUUCAAGCUUUUGGACCAGCCAACGACUCUUCGUUCUUUCCGAUGCGAGCAUUCAACCACAGCAACGAUGUUCAUUUGCCUGUUCUGCAAAAGCGAAAUCUGAGAAUUCCUGAUUUCCAGUGUUGGGAACAUGAUCCGCCAUUGCAAGUCAGUCGUGCGUGGUGCGUUCCCGUCCGGCCGCGAGAUUACAUUUUAGAGUGCGUUGGGGAUGGGGUGGGGAUACGCCGUGACUCAUGCUUCCAAGGCGAAGUAUGCAUCGAGAACCACGACCCGGACAUGGAGAAUAAUCAGGGGAUCGCAUGUCUGUCGAAUUCUGGCGAAGUGGAAGACGCGAGAGAUGAUGAAGAUAUCACCGCAAAACACUCCACUACGCAUUACAUGAAGCACCAGCAACGUGUCGAGGGAUCAAGUACGCAAAGUGUGAGUAUAAGGACAAAAGGCAGGAAAUCAUCAGCUCCGAGCCGAACGCGACAUGCAGUCUUGACUGCUUUCCUUACGACUAACGAAGCAGCCUAUCACAAACCUGUCGAAGUCUCCCAGCAGCAGUGGCUUGUGUUGCCUGGAGUGCAGCCGAUCACAUGCAAACUCGAGGAGACUGGCGAAAAGCUUUGCGAAACAGAUUUGAGCAGCACAUCCAAGGAUAAGUUUCAUUGUACGUCCACCAAGUUGCACGACAUCGAGCCAAAUUCGUUGAUUGGCUGCACUUUUGAACUUGCAGCCACUCAGAUUGCCAUCUUUGUUUCCGUCCUUGUUUGGCGUGACCCAGUUUCGAAGACAUUGGUAGGAUGA